AUGGAUGCUCACAUGAGGAUUCACUCAGGUGAGAAACCCUUCAGUUGCUCUGUUUGCAGCAGAAGAUUUAGACUGAGAACUCAUAUGGUCCGUCACAUGUUAACCCAUUCAGAAGCGAAACCCUUCAGUUGCUCUGUGUGCAGCAAAAGAUUUAGACAGAGAAGUACUCUGGUCCGUCACAUGUUAACCCAUUCAGAAGCGAAACCCUUCAGCUGCUCUAUUUGCAGCAAAAGAUAUAUACGGAAAACUCAUAUGGAAGCUCACAUGAGGAGUCACUCAGGAGAGAAACCCUUCAGGUGCUCUGUUUGUAGCAAAAGAUUUAUACGGAGAGGUAGUAUGGACGCUCAUGUGAGGAUUCACUCAGGAGAGAAACCCUUCAGCUGCUCUGUUUGCAGCAAAAGAUUUACACGGAAAACAUAUAUGGAAGCUCACCUGAGGAUUCACACAGGAGAGAAACCCUUCAGCUGUUCUAUUUGCAGCAAAAGAUUUAGACAGAAAGGUAGUAUGUACGCUCACAUGAGGAUUCACACAGGAGAGAAACCCUUCAGUUGCUCUGUUUGCAGCAAAAGAUUUAUACAGAGAGGUAGUAUGUACGCUCACAUGAGGAGUCACUCAGGAGAGAAACCCUUCAGCUGCUCUGUUUGCAGCAAAAAAUCUACGCGGAAAACAUAUAUGGAAGCUCACAUGAGGAUUCACACAGGAGAGAAACCCUUCAGCUGCUCAGUCUGCAUGAAAAGUUUCUCUUGCAAAAGAAAUCUGAACAACCACAUGAGGAUUCACUCAAGAGACAAAAACCUGAAGUUGCUCUGA